UAAGAAUUUAUAUGGCUGGAAACUUUUUUAAAGGUACUUCAACAGAUUAGGAUUCUCGUUUUGGUGAUAAAGAGCGUAAACUUAUAAUGAAUAAAUAAUGGCCAGAAGUGUUUAAUCGAAAACUUAAUAUGAAAAAUGUAGAGAAGUAUUAUUAUAUUAAUUAGAUUGAUUUAUCAGUGAUAAAACCCUGGAUUGAAAAAAAAAUGAUUCAAUAUAUUGGAAUAGAAGAUGAAGUAGUUUAGAGAUAAAUAAUUAAUUACUUAGAACAAUAGAGCGAGGAUAUUAGAGGACCUGAUCCAAAAGUUUUGAGUAUUCAAAUAAUGGGAUAUUUUGAAAAAAAUACUUUACCAUUUAUGACUGAAUUAUGGAAUUUAUUGGUUGAUGCUGAAGGAUAAGAUUCUGGGAUAGUAAGAUAAUAAUAAAUGUUAUUUUAGCCAAAUUAAUUAUUAGAUAGUAAGAAGUUGGAGUAUGAAGAAAAGAAAAAAGAGUUAUAGAGAUUGUUAGAGAGAUAAAAAUUAUUAUAUCAAGCUAUUGAAUAUUCAGAAAAGACAAGAAAAAAAACAAAAACUGAACAAUAAUGA